AUGUUAUUAGAUUCACUGGCUUUGUCUCCGACGCCUCCGUCCCCACGAGCCCCGCGGCUACCUCCAGCAGAGAUAGGCCGCAUGGUUUCAGCCCUCCCGCUCUGUCUGAAGCGUCCGACGAGGAACUAUGUGAGUUCAAAUAUUGCAUCUGCUGUUCAGUGGGGUCGCCGCGAGCUCAAUAGAGAUCUCCUCCAGAGCCCUCCCGUUGCGGACAUGUAUGCAAGUAUGCCCUACUGCAGUCUCCGUAGGGCUGCUCUGCACCCUUGUUCCUCUCGAGCACGAGUGCAGCCUUUUAGAUCGUCAACCUCCCCGUCUUCGCGCCUCACAUCGUCACUUUUUGAUGGGAACCAAAAUGCAGACGCCAUACGAACCCAAGCACGUAUUCAGCAUGCCUUGAAUAAUCUUGUCGAUGAUAUUCCUCCUGAAGGUCGUGCAAUUAGCAAUGACUUGCUUCUCAGUCUUCAUAGCUCCCUGUCCAACUCUGGUAUCAACCCGCGCAAUGGCGCUGGAGAACCUCACCAGUCAUAG